AUGCUCCUCACCGAGAAAAAAUGUACGUCGACGCUCUUACGGAUACUCCCGGCCCGCAGUCUCCUUCGCACGCGCCCUCUCGCUGCAAGCGCGGCUCCCUCGCUGCACGCGCGGCUCCCUCGCUGCACGCGCGGCUCCCUCGCUGCACGCGCGGCUCCCUCGCUGCACGCGCGGCUCCCUCGCUGCACGCGCGGCUCUCUCCCUGCACGCGCGCCUCUCUCCUUCGCACGCGCGGCUCCCCUCGCUGCACGCACGGCUCUCUCCCUGCACGCGCGGCUCUCUCGCUGCACGCGCGGCUCUCUCCUUCGCACGCGCGGCUCUCUCCUUCGCACGCGCGGCUCUCUCGCUGCACGCGCGGCUCUCUCGCUGCACGCGCGGCUCUCUCGCUGCACGCGCGGCUCUCUCCCUGCACGCGCGGCUCUCUCCCUGCACGCGCGCCUCUCUCCUUCGCACGCGCGGCUCCCCUCGCUGCACGCACGGCUCUCUCCCUGCACGCGCGGCUCUCUCGCUGCACGCGCGGCUCUCUCCUUCGCACGCGCGGCUCUCUCCUUCGCACGCGCGGCUCUCUCGCUGCACGCGCGGCUCUCUCGCUGCACGCGCGGCUCUCUCGCUGCACGCGCUCAUUGCAUGUUCUUUUAA